ACCGUCUCAUUCACCCUCUUCUGCCACGGACAUAUAAGCGCCCGGUUUAUCUCGAAUAAUCAAAUAUCAUUGCCUCAUCAACCUCCUCUUUUUCCGAUGACUACCCUUUCAGAUAACUUCUCUUGUUUUCUCUAAGCACCAUGUCGGUUCGUGAGUAUUUUGAACGCUAUCAACAGCUUACUUCUGUCGAGCAAACGAAAGACACUCUAAUUGAGGAAUUAAUACGACGUAUAACUGAGCUCGAGGGCGCAUAUCAACAAGAACAACUUGAUCAUGACCGCGAAAAGCGCUUUAACCGUGAUAUACAAUUUCAUGAGAUAGAGUUGAUGGAACAAAUUAAUCGCGCUAAAGCUAUAAUGAACCGCGAACCCUUCAUAAUUGUACUUCUGGAUGGAGACGGAUCAAUCUUCAAAGAUGAGUUAUUACAACUGGGAGAAGAAGGUGGUAGAAAGGCCGCCAAAGAGCUGUCUCUGGCAGUGGAGGACUACGUGACAGACAAUUUUUCGAGCAUCAUUUCCCCGAAGAUUAUUACGAAGAUGUACAUCAAUAUGAAGGCGCUAUGCGAUGCCUGUGUUCGUGGCGGAAUCAUAACGGAUCCUUCUAUACUUGAUGAAUUCUUGCGAGGCUUUAAUCAUAGCUUUCCGCUGUUCGACAUUGUGGACGUUGGAACCGCAAAGAACGCCGCACACGAUAAGAUAAAAGAAACCUUCAAACUACAUUUAUACAAUUGCCACUGCCAUCGACUUUUCCUGGGUUGCACAGAGGAAUCGCCUUAUCCUGGCAUCUUGGAAGAAGCUUUAACAGACGUGGAACUCUCAGGACGGGUUACAUUGAUUGAAGGGAUUCCAUUCGGCAAGAACCUGGAAUCCCUUAAGACGCAUUAUGGGUGCACUAGAUUCCCUGGUAUUUUCCGAGAUUCUAAGAUAAACGCUACUUGGGCUCCGUGGAAGGCUGCGGUGGCCACCAAACCUCGCAGUCUCCUUACUCCGUCGCCGAGCCCUCAUGUAGCGGCACCACUGUCUCGAACACCCAGCAACAUAACAACAGCCAGUAACAGUGCGCCUAACUCGUUGACACCCGCGAGUUCCAAUGGCUCCGAUGAUUUUCAAUUGGUGCGUUCGAAACCUGCCUCCUCCCGUCCUAAAGUCGUGGAACGGAAUAAGUUCGGCCAACGUGUAGACCGACUUGACGUCCAAAACAUCCCUCGAGAAGAAGUGAAUCGCAUUAAGAAACUGAAACUAUGCAAUUAUUACUUUCUACAAGGCGAAUGCCCGAAUGAGAAUUGUCAUCAUGACCAUUCUCGGAAACUAACCAAAGCUGAGCUUUUAACCUUGACAGCCGUUGCGCGAAUGACACCGUGUCGCUAUGGACUGGAAUGUGAUGAUCCUGAGUGUAUGUAUGGUCAUCGUUGCCCUCAGAGCGACCCUGGAAAAAAAGACUGCUAUUGGGGUUCAAGUUGUCGAUUUAAUACGGCCGCACACGGCGUUGACACAAAUAUUGUCAAAGUGACCAAGGUCUAGCCUUUGAUUUCUGGAUGCAAAAUAAUUUCCUGAUGAAACAUUUAUCGCCUUUUAUUUCAAGUAACCCUGGCUCUAAUAUAAUGGCGUCGCGGCCGCUGAGCUUCGAAUCUUGUAUCGUUCUGGGGGGCUCCUUUUUCUUUCUUGCUUCAUCCAGGCUAAAAGCUAUGUAUUUAGGUAAACUUGCUGCAGUAAAAUCCAAUACUGUACAGCGCUCAAUGCCCCCAGGGCGGCAAUGACUAGCCGUUCUUAUUUCAUACGUGAACACUUAUUGUGUCUGAUAAUCAGUGAAUAGUCGUCUUCAA